UCCACCAGGACAGGAGCCUGUGGAAAGGGGAGGUUACAGGGCAGCUGAUUUCAUCUCAGAAUGAGGAAGAACUUUCCAGUAAUCAGAGUUGCCCAGUCAUAGAAUGGAGGAGUCCAAGGACAACAAGUGCCGUGUCUCUCCCCACACUUGGCAGUGGCUCCCUGCUGAGCCGGGGGCAUUCCCCCAGUGCUGGAGGUUCUGUCUGGCACAGGCUCCUUCUCUCUCCGGCCUUGUCUUGCCCCCUCUGUGUUCUUGCCUCUCCGUCCUUCUUUCAGCAACUUGCUGGCAUACUGCUUGCCUCUGGGCCUUUGCACGUGCACACUCCCUCUUUGUCUGGCCAACUCACCAUUCUUCAGGCUGCUCAAGGCCUUCCCUCACUCCUAACAAGGUCAGGUGGCCUGUGUGCUGCUCAUUUGGGCUUCUCUGCUCCCCUAGAUGUGCCUGGUCGUGCCUUCCUGACAGUAUUGGGUGACAGCCUCUCCCUCUAGACUGUCAGCUCCGUGCAGCCGGGUUGGCAUUGCCUUGUUCUCUGGCAUCUCUCCAGCGUCCAGCAGGCCAGGGCUGUGCCUCACUCCGUGCUUAAGAAUUUUGUUGGAAAAAUGAGUGAAUGAUGAAUGAAGGCAAGAAAGAAUGAAGGAAGCGUGCAAAGCCAAAUGCCCGGGCAGGGGGACCGGGGUCAGCAGACCUGCAAGUUCCCUCCCGUCACCCUCUGGCUACAGCUGACGUUCUUUGCUCAACUCUCCAGGAAUUAGAGACUCAGGGCCACAGUCAACAAGCAUUGGUUCAGCAUCUAACACGUGCCUGGCACCCGGCCAGGCACUGUCACGUGUGUUCUCCCCCAUCAAAUCACGAACAGGGACGAGGGGAAACGUUUUCGGUGGACACGAGCUUGAGGCUUCCAUCCCUGCCUGGAAUGGUUUGCGCGUUGGUCUCGGCCACUGCCACCCCGGGCUGCACCGGCCCUGCCCUCUCUCUCGGGCCCCACCCGUCCUGGGCUCCCGGCUGCGUUUCCGGAGAAGGCCAGCAGGUGACGGCAGAAGCUAAGAGUCGGGGCUCAGCGCGCGCCUGCCAGCCGCCGACUGCCGGCAGGGGGCGCGGCUGCUCCACCUGGUGCGCAGGCUUGGGAGGCGGCUACAGUGGGGGCUACACCUGCAACCUGGGCGGGGGCUUCGGCUCCAGCUUUGGCGUGGGGGAUGCCCUGCUGGGGGGCGGCGAGAAGGAGACCAUGCAGAACCUCAACGACCGCCUGGCCUCCUACCUGGAGAAGGUGCGCGCCCUGGAGGAGGCCAACGCCGACCUGGAGGUGAAGAUCCGCGACUGGUACAAGAAGCAGGGGCCCAGCCCCGCCCGUGACUACAGCCACUACUUCAAGAUCAUCGAGGAGCUGCGAAGCAAGAUCCUGGCAGCCACCAUGGACAAUGCCAGCUUCGUGCUGCAGAUUGACAAUGCCCGCCUGGCAGCCGACGACUUCCGCACCAAGUACGAGACGGAGCUGACCCUGCGCAUGAACGUGGAGGCCGACAUCAACGGCCUGCGCAGGGUGCUGGACGAGCUGACCCUGGCCAGAGCCGACCUGGAGAUGCAGAUCGAGAACCUCAAGGAGGAGCUGGCCUACAUGAGGAAGAACCACGAGGAGGAAAUGAACGCCCUUCGAGGCCAGGUGGGUGGGGACGUCAGCGUGGAGAUGGACGCGGCUCCUGGCGUGGACCUCAGCCGCAUCCUGAACGAGAUGCGCGACCAGUACGAGAAGAUGGCGGAGAAGAACCGCAAGGACGCGGAGGAUUGGUUCUUCAGCAAGACGGAGGAGCUGAACCGGGAGGUGGCCACCAGCACCGAGGCCCUGCAGAGCAGCAGGACGGAGAUCACGGAGCUCCGCCGCUCCGUGCAGAACCUGGAGAUCGAGCUGCAGUCCCAGCUCAGCAUGAAAUCAUCGCUGGAGGGCAGCCUGGCAGAGACUGAGGCCCGCUAUGGGACCCAGCUGGCCCAGCUGCAGGGGCUCAUCAGCAGCAUUGAGCAGCAGCUGUGCGAGCUGCGCUGUGACAUGGAACGCCAGAACCAUGAGUACAAGGUGCUGCUGGACGUGAAGACACGGCUGGAGCAGGAGAUUACCACCUACCGCCGGCUGCUGGAGGGAGAGGAUGCCCACCUGGCCACCCAUUACUCCUCGUCCCUGGCCUCACAGCCCACCCGGGAAGGUAAGAGCCUGCCCAGAGGGAGUGGGGAGAGGCUGAGGACCCUUAAGUGUGGGAGACUGUGGGAGGGGCUCUGGCCUGAGGUUCCCUGUGCCCCCUCCUCCACGGCCCGCAGCCUCGGUCACCAGCCGCCAGGUGCGCACCAUCGUGGAGGAAGUCCAGGAUGGCAAGGUGGUCUCCACCCGCGAGCAGGUCCACCGCUCCACCCACUGAAGCCCCUUUUCACCUGCAACACCUCAGCCUUGAAGGUCAAGGGGCAGCCAUCGCCUCCAGCUCCCAGUGUGCUACUGCUGUGCCCCAACUACCGGUUUGGGCCCCCACCCAAGAGCUGUUGCCUUUCUGUACCUGCUUCCUGCAGCCCCUCACCCACGGGGCCUCCUGGGUUUGCCCCAGUGACUGCUAUUAAAGCUUUGCCAGAAGGUCAAUGCCUCGUGUGCUCUGGUCUGGUCCUUGGCUUGGGACAAUAUGGUAGAGGGAUUGGAGGGAGGGGGGUCUGUGGAGUGUUUGGGUGGCGCUUGUCACCUGCCACCCUGUUCUGCCCACCCCCUCCAGGCCUGGGGCUCCUGGGAGGCCCAGAGGGAAGGAGGCAGAAGGAUUGAGGGUGAAGGGUUAGAACAGGCCAUCAGGCUGGGAAAGUUUCUAAGAAUCAGUCCCCAGGGUUCCCAUGGCCUGUGACUGGUCCCUGGGAGGGCCCCAUAGAUUUUCUGGGGAACCACGCCAGUUAUAGAGCACUCCGUGCCUCGUCCCGGGGCAGAUCCAGAUUCAAGAUCAGAGGGAGAGGGGCUGGGCAGGGGGCUUUCUCAAGGAGUGGUCCAGGGCAAGGAGAGCGGGUGGCAGCGGCACAGCCAGCCCAGGAAACCAGACCGGCUCUGCCUGGUUCCGAGGUGUGUGUGGGGCGGGGUGGCUGCUGUGCCUGUGAGCGUGGGGGGCGUCCUGUUUGCUUUGAUGGCUUGGCAGCGGCUGGGCUAUUGGAGAAUCUCUCUCAGCUGCUGGCCGGGGCUGUCUGGGCC